GCGGGUCCUGCCUGGAGACCCCGCCCUCUUCUCCUGCCCCUCCGCUCCGCCACCCCGAACCCUUCAAGGGCCUGUCCUUUCCCUCCUGUCGUUUCCCAGUUUCAGGCCGGACCGGGCCGAACCGGGCCGCCCGGGUGCGGUCCCUGACCAUGGCGUCCCUCUUCAAGAAGAAAACCGUGGAUGAUGUGAUAAAGGAACAGAAUCGAGAGUUACGAGGUACACAAAGAGCUAUAAUCAGAGAUCGAGCAGCUUUAGAGAAACAAGAAAAACAGCUGGAAUUAGAAAUUAAGAAAAUGGCCAAGAUUGGUAAUAAAGAAGCUUGCAGGGUUUUAGCCAAACAGCUUGUACAUCUUCGGAAACAGAAAACAAGAACAUUUGCUGUAAGUUCAAAAGUCACUUCUAUGUCAACACAAACAAAGGUGAUGAAUUCCCAAAUGAAGAUGGCUGGAGCAAUGUCUACCACAGCAAAAACCAUGCAGGCAGUUAACAAGAAGAUGGAUCCACAAAAGACCUUACAAACAAUGCAAAAUUUCCAGAAGGAAAACAUGAAAAUGGAAAUGACUGAAGAAAUGAUCAAUGACACAAUUGAUGACAUCUUUGAGGGCUCUGAUGAUGAAGAAGAAAGCCAGGAUAUUGUGAAUCAAGUUCUUGAUGAAAUUGGAAUUGAAAUCUCUGGAAAGAUGGCCAAAGCUCCAUCAGCUGCUCGAAGUUUACCAUCUGCAUCUACUUCUAAGGCUACAAUCUCCGAUGAAGAGAUUGAACGGCAACUCAAAGCUUUAGGAGUAGAUUAGUCAAAAAAGUCAUAAUAUUUUUGCUUAUUUAUAAUUGUUUAGUAUAAACAAGGCACAGUGCAGAUUCCUUUUACAAAACAUACUUAUUUUGCAAAAAUGAAGACCAUAAGUGAACAGUUGUAUAUUACCCCAUGGCUAUUUUGAAUCCUUUGCCAAAGAAUGACAAUGAUGCAAAAAUGGAAACAGUUUGGAUUUUAAUUAGAACUAUUUAGGAGUGAUGAUAUGUAAAAAGUUGACUUCUGCAUGGCACAGAGAAAUUAUAUUCAUUAUUAGUGUCAGUUUAUGUUCUAAAUCUUUUCACACUGAAUACAAAAAUCUUGUUAAAUGCCACUAGGCACCAACUUAAAGAUACUUUUAAAAAUAUUAAAAGUAUAUUGUUAAUUCUGUAUCUGUUGCUUGUCUUUUGUAAGGGAGUAUGUGUUAUGACCAUAGGCUGUUCUGCUGCCAAAUUAUUGUUAAAUGAUCUAAAAGAAGCGUGCUAUUUAAACAUCUGUCUUAAAGAAAAACUGUCAUAAGCUUUUCUUUUUUCUUUUUUUUUUUUUUCCUUUGGGAGAACAUUCUACUUGGUAAGUUUAUUACCUUUCAAAAUGUACUUGGCACCUGCCUUAAAGAACACAGACAUAUUGUGCAUAUCUUUAAAUUAUUUUAACUGGCAGAAAAGAAUUACAUUUUAAACUAAAAUUGAGGCCUCUUACAAAAUUAUCCAAGUUCUCGUUUGUAAAGCUUAUAUAAGUGAAUUGAAUAUAAUUAGCAACAACACUGAAUUAAUUAACAUUUUAUACUAAUGAAACAAUAUAUUUUGAUCAUUC